AACAGCUCCUGAGAUCUUAUUAAUUUGAGAUAUUUUAUGUUGAAGGGAUGUAGUUAACUUGUAACUUUUUUGGUGUACCCACUUUCUCAAGCUGCUGCAUAUACUUCUUCAGUCCGUGAUUUUUCAAUUAUUUUUUAUUAUUUUAUUUCCUAACAUGGUGAGAGUACAGGCAUAUACACAGAAAAUGUAAUCAUUCAGCUGCGUUUCUCAGUACACAGGAUAUGGAAAAAAAGAGUUCUGUGUGACCUAAUUUUUAUCCAUUUCAAUGGACUUGCACUGUUCUUGCUUUGACAGAUAUCUUUGAAUUUGACAUUUUCUUGAGUACACAGGUGAUGCUAUUUUUAGGUCUGAGAGGGUGCAGUGCUUUAGGCAGGAGGUGCUUAGCUUAUCUUAGUUUACUGCAUAAUUGCUGGAUGAUAGAGUGAAAUGGUGUGUCUAUAUGGCCAUGCAGUAUGUUAUUACACCAUAAUCGUAUUUGGCAUGUUAUCCAAGGAAAGAAGAAGAAUACAUCAAACAGCUAAAGUGGCAGUGAAAGCAUUUCUAAAUGGAUCAAAGCUAGGAAGAUCACCCUGCAGGAGCUGCAGAUGUAGCCGCUGGAGAGAAAAGGAGCUGCUCAACAAAAAAAAAACCUUUAUCUUAAUAAGCUUUUUUGAGAGAUGUUUGGACAAUAUCAGAGACGAUUCUCAAAGGUGCUUUCAAACAAAUUUUGGAAUGUGGAAAGAGAAGAAGACGAGGACAGUAAAACUAGAAAAACAUGAGCCAGACACUUGUCCGAUGAUUGUGGGUAAAGUAAAGAAAUCAGUUCCCAGGAUGAGAACUGUGAAGCCAAAGGAGAAGAUUAAAGUCACCACAUCAAACAGCAAAUGUCUCACUACUACAUGUGAGACAUCAGGGAACAUAAUGAGGCUUUGUGUCAACCUAAUGCCUGUUUUGGCAGCAGCCAAGGAGCCUGUGGAGGAAGAGGAGGGCGAAGAAGAGUACAGCAGUACAAGUAAAAAGGAACCAGAAAACAGCAGCAGAAAUGACCCAUCUGUCAGUAAAUCAGUGGAACAAACACUCUAUCCAAGUGAUUCUUACACAGGAUUAAAUCUGGUCACCGACACCAAACUAAGUCCUCGGUUUGUGCUGCCACCUAUAACUAAACCUAAAGCGGCUGCUGAGUGUUGUGACCGUCAGAAGACCAAGAGGUGCCACACACCUCUACCUCCCAUCAGUUUAUCUGAGCAGACUAGGACCAUCUCUUCAAACUUUUCAAUAAAAGGCUGCAGAGGCGACGGGUUAGUUACAGGACAAGUACCAGACAGCAGGCCCUGGAUAGACAAUCCCCUGUUCUCUAAUAGUAGAUCUGCUGAGUUUCGUCUUCCUGAAAUCUCCUUGUCCAGUCUGGAAGCCCUGCUGCAGACGGUCACACAGAAACUGGGGAGGAAGAGGAGAAGUGGUGAUGAAGGACCAUGGAGACGUGUCCGGUCUGAUCAUCUCCUCACGGCUGUUAGUGAACAACGUUUGAGAGAGAAGAGUGUCGGGCAGCAGAUUGGCCGCUGCACAGACAACAGAAACCCGGCCCACAUUGAAGCAGCAACAGAAACAUCAGCGAGUGGACGCAGUAUGAACAGACAGAGGAGCCUCCCUCCGCUCAUCCUCACUAUGACGAAAAAAACCUCCUGACUUCCAACGCUGCAGUGAUUCAU